UAUACCCUCAUAUUCAGAUUGUCCACUCAAAAAAAUACAGAUAAAUUUCAGUUUAAUUUUUCAAAAUUUGAAAAAUAUUUAGGCCCCGUAUUAAAGUUAAAAGUUGAGCUGCGUUGAUCAUAAUGGCUGUUGUUCCACACUUGAUUUAUAUGUUUGAAUUUGUGAUUGAUGAUCUUGUGAUCACUCUCCAAAACUAUUGUGCCCCGGACGAAUAUCCAAUUUGUGUGGAAAUCAGCUUCCGCAAUUGCGUCUAUGUGAUUGUUUGUGAUCGUGAUUCUGGCAACUGUGUCGAUCCCUGUCGUCCCAAGACUGGCAAACGAUGCCUUUUCCCUCUGACAUCGCCCGUCACGGAGGAGGAUCGAUUGCAUAUUCAUGUCUACAAGCGACGAUCAAAUUGUUGCAAAUUCUUGCUUGGUCUGUCAGAGAUUUCCAUACAUACGCUAUUCAAACGCGUUGAUAAAGCAUUCGAAGCUCAGAAUGACGGUUGGUUGCAACGCUGGAUGGAUCAGCUGGCAGAUUUGCCCAGGAUGAAAGAUCCAGCCAGCAAUGUGAUGGACAGAUGCGAUUGCUUUGACUCCAGUUACGAGCGACGCGAACAAUUGUGUCCCGUCUCGUCGGUUAUCAAACAAUUGGUUCCCAUAUUCAAUCUCUGCAGUCGGCAAACAGGCAACAUUGUCCUAAUCAUUCGUCUGGCCUGUCAUGGGCCAACCAUCACAUCUGUCUAUUUCAGACGCGAAGAUGGAAAAACUGAAGCAAUGUCAAGUUCCAAGCAGCCACAGAUCUGUCCGUCCUCUGAGGCAGAAGAGCCACGAAAGUGUCAUAGAUCAUUUGCCUGCAAUCGUGAUAAACAGUGUCCAUGUAACAUUUGUGUGGAUGAGUGCGGUCGCAAGUGCCCUAAAGCGAAGCAAAAGAAAAGCAAAAAACAGGCCAAAAAGCACUGUCCUCCGAAAGUGGAAGAGGAAACUAUAGCGAUGUGAGUCACUCCAGACUGUGUUGUUGGCUGAAGUAAAUAAAAUGUAAAAAUGUGAAAAAAAAUGUAAAAAAAAAAUAAUGUAUUAACAAC